GUGAGAGAGGAAGUUGGGAAAAAGUUAAGAGGAAGAAAGAAGAGAGAAGAGGUGGGAGAGAAUGAAUAUUGGAUGGGUUUAGGGAAAAGGAAAGGAGAUUUGAUGGAAUGGGAAAUCAGAUUAUUGACACCCCAAUUUUGGUGUAUCUUUUGAAAAUCAAUCCCCAAAACCUAUAACCUUCGAAAUUGGACUAUUGUGGGUUUUCGUUGGAGGACUAGAAAAGUGUGGAAGCUUUUGAUAAAAGGGUUGGAGGAUGCUGGGAACGAUGAUGGGAUUAGGCCAAGGCGGCGCUGGUCUUUCUCAAAAGACUGUUCUGAUCACCGGAGUCAGCAAAGGACUUGGCCGAGCUCUUGCUCUCGAGCUCGCAAAGCGUGGCCACUCUGUAAUUGGCUGCUCUCGUUCUCAAGAUAAACUCAAUUCCCUCAAUUCCGACUUCAUUUCCUUGGACCUCUCUUCCUCUGCCAACCAUUUACUCCUCCCUGCCGAUGUGAGCUCUGAUUCCAACGUUCAAGAGUUUGCGCGUGUUGUUGUUGAAAGAAAGGGCGUGCCUGAUAUUAUUGUAAAUAAUGCAGGUACUAUUAAUAAGAACUCUAAGGUCUGGGAGGUUCCUCCAGAAGAGUUUGAUGCUGUCUAUGAGACAAAUGUCAAGGGAACAGUAAACAUAUUGCGUCACUUUAUCCCACUAAUGAUUCCAAGCAAGAAAGGAAUUAUUGUUAAUAUGUCAUCCGGUUGGGGGAGAUCUGGUGCUGCCCUGGUUGCACCUUAUUGUGCUUCAAAAUGGGCCAUUGAGGGUUUAACCAGAUCAGUGGCCAAAGAAUUGCCGGAAGGAAUGGGAAUUGUGGCCCUUAAUCCUGGAGUUAUAAACACUGACAUGCUGGCCUCAUGCUUUGGCGAUUCAGCUUCUUUGUACCAGACUCCUGAUUCAUGGGCUUCGAAGGCAGCCACAAUGAUUUUAAAUCUUACAGCAGCUGAUAAUGGUGCAUCCCUCACUGUUUGAUUCCGACUCGCAUGCUUGUCUCUUGUUUACCCUUUUAACUUCCAUGGCUAAUGAUAGUAAUAGAAUAUGGACUGACAUCACACUUCUAAAUGAACGACGACAAAGAAUCGAAUUUUUGAUUGAUAGCAUAGUCAGUUUUAGGAAUUAAAAGGAUCAGGUGUCUGAAGAGUUAUAUGUUUUUUCCAUUUUCUAGUCUCCGACUUACAUUUAGGGUUUGCUUCGAAAACGAAUGUUCAUGUCAUCCUCGUAGCUCAGUUACUUUAUCUAUCAAUGGAUAAUGUUGAGUUGAAUAUAUUGUUGUCAGAAUGUUGCCUUGUAUAAUUUUACCCUUUAAAAUUCAAUUUGCAGUUGAUACUGUUGAACUACUAGAAAGUUCGAAUCAUACAUGUUUAUGAACACUAUCUUUUUGUA